GGAGAGGCCUGAACCAAUACAGCACAGUCACAAAUGUAUUGCAAGUCAUCAUUAACAAAAUUGCUAAUUAGUAUUAACUGGCUCAAUCAACAUUAAUUCACUUGCAUAAGCUGAAUUUCAUAUUUGCAAUAGUUUUUUUCUUUAUCAUCAGGCUCCUCCCUUUUGUGCUAUGGCUGUUGAAUUUAUUGGCAGUGCUCUUCUUUCAGCUUCCCUUCAGGUUGCAUUUGACAGGUUGGCUUCUCCUGAAGUUGUGGACUACUUUCAAGGAAGAAAAUUCAAUGAGAAGCUUCUUAAGAAACUCAACAUCAUGUUUCUAUCCAUCAAUGUUGUUAUCGAUGAUGCGGAACAAAAGCAGAUCAGAAAUCAACAAGUGAAAGCAUGGCUCGAUGCUGUCAAAGAUGUUGUGUUUGAAGCAGAAGAUUUAUUAGAUGAAAUUGACAUUCAAGCCUUUCAAUGCAAACUCGAAGGUGAAUCUCAAUCCAGUCCUAACAAGGUAUGGAGUUUUUUGAAUGUUUCUGCAAAUUCAUUUGACAAAGAAAUUGAAUCAAAGAUGCAAGAAGUUCUUGAAAAUUUAGAAUAUCUUGCUAGCAAAAAGGAUAUACUAGGUUUGAAAGAGGCUAGUAGUAGUACUAGUAGUGCUUUUGGUGUUGGAUCAUGUAGUCAAGUGUCGCGAAAAUUGCCUUCCACAUCUUUGCUCGGUGAAACCGUUUUAUAUGGUAGAGAUGUUGACAAAGAUAUUAUAUUGAAUUGGUUGAUAUCUCAUACUGACAAUGAAAAACAAUUUUCUAUAGUUUCUAUUGUUGGUAUGGGUGGGUUGGGUAAGACCUUGCUUGCUCAACACUUAUAUAAUGACUCAAAGAUGGUGGAUGAAUUUGAUGUCAAAGCUUGGGUUUGUAUUUCCGACGAAUUCGAUGUUUUCAAGGUAACAAGAGCGAUUCUUGAGGAUAUCACCAGAUCAACUGAUGAUAGUAGAGACUUAAAUAUGGUUCAAGAAAGGUUGAAGGAAAAAUUGUCAGGGAGGAGAUUUCUUCUUGUUUUGGAUGAUGUUUGGAAUGAAAAAUGUGACGAAUGGGAAUGUUUGCAGACUCCAUUUAAUUAUGGAGCCCGUGGAAGCAAAAUUAUCGUCACUACGCGCAGUAUGAGAGUUGCUUCUUCGACCAUGCGGUCAACUAAAAUACACCAGCUAGAGAGGUUAAAGGAAGAACAUUGCUGGCUAUUAUUUUCUAAACAUGCAUUCCAAGAUGAAAAUCCUCAAUUGAAUCCUGAGUUGGGGGACAUUGGUAAAAAGAUAGUUGGAAAAUGUACGGGAUUACCUCUAGCCUUGAAAACAGUUGGAAGUCUCUUGUACACAAAAUCAUCUUUGGCGGAAUGGAAAACUACACUGGAAAGCGAGAUAUGGGACUUACCUGAAGAGGUUAGCAAUAUUAUCCCCGCUUUAAGACUGAGCUAUCACCACCUUCCUUCUCAUUUGAAGAGAUGUUUUGGUUAUUGCUCUUUAUUUCCAAAAGAUUAUGUGUUUGAUAAGAAGCAUUUAAUUUUAUUAUGGAUGGCUGAAAAUUUUCUACAAUGUCCUCAACAAAGUAAGAGUAUGGAAGAAAUUGGCGAAGAGUACUUUGAUGAUCUGUUAUUGAGAUCUUUUUUUCAACAAUCAAGUCAAGACAAAACAUGUUUUGUCAUGCAUGAUCUUCUCAAUGAUUUGGCAAAAUAUGUAUGUGGUGCUUUUUGUUUCAGGUUGGAAGUUGAAGAAGCACAAAAUUUAUCGAAAGUUACUCGUCAUUUUUCAUUUUUAAGAAAUAGAUAUGAAUCUUCCAAGAGGUUUGAGGCCUUAUGUAAAGCUGAAAGAUUGCGUACAUUUCUUCCAUUUAGCAGGAAUCGUAAAGUGCCAUCUUUUCUCAAUGAAUUCUGGAUGUCUGGCCCUUUGUUGCAUGAGUUGCUUCCCAAGUUUAAGCUUUUACGCGCUUUAUCUCUGUCUUGUUAUGUGAAUAUGAUCGAGGUUCCUGACACUAUAGGAAAUCUUAAACAUCUCCGUUAUCUCGACCUUUCUGAUACAAACAUAAAAAAGCUACCGGAUUCAAUAUGUUUUCUCUUUAACUUGCAAACACUGAAGUUGAAGAAUUGUCAAUUUUUGAAGGAGUUGCCUUUAAAAUUUCAUAAACUCAUUAAUUUGCGUUAUCUUGAUUUUAGUGGAACUAAAGUGAGAAAUAUGCCAAUGCAUUUUGGAAAAUUGAAGAAUCUUCAAGUGUUGAAUUCAUUCUGUGUAGAAAAAGGUAGCGACUGUGAGUCCAAUAUUCAACAGUUAGGCGAACUAAAUCUUCAUGGAACACUAUCAAUUUCUGAGUUGCAGAAUACUGUCAAUCCCUUUGAUGCAUUGGCAACAAACUUGAAAAAUAAAAUACACAUUGUGAAGCUAGAGUUAGAAUGGAAUGCAAACAAUGAAAACUCGGUGCAAGAAAGGGAAGUGCUUGAGAAGCUACAACCUUCAGAACACUUGAAGGAACUAUCAAUUAGGAGCUAUGGUGGAACAAGAUUUCCAUAUUGGUUUGGAGAUGAUUCACUAUCUAAUUUGGUGUCCUUGAAGUUGAGUAACUGUGAAAAAUGUCUCUUGUUGCCUCCUCUUGGAAUUUUACCAUCUCUCAAGAAACUAAGCAUUAUAGGGCUAUCGAGUGUAGUGUUUAUUGGCACCGAGUUUAAUGGAAGUAGCUCUUCAACUGUUCCAUUUCCAUCCUUGGAAACUUUACAAUUUGAGGAUAUGUAUGAAUGGGAAGAAUGGGAAUGCAAAACCAUGACAAAUGCUUUUCCACAUCUUCAAAAGCUUUCUUUAAAAAAUUGUCCAAAUCUAAGAGAGUAUUUACCAGAGAAACUUCUUGGUUUAAUUAUGCUAGAAGUUUCCCAUUGUGAACAACUUGUGGCUUCUGUUCCUAGGACUCCAUUCAUUCAUGAGUUACAUCUGAAUGAUUGCGGAAAGCUUCAAUUUGAUUACCAUCCAGCUACUUUGAAAAUUCUCACGAUUUCUGGAUACUGCAUGGAAGCAUCACUGCUUGAGAGUAUUGAGCCUAUCAUAUCCAAUAUCUCUCUUGAAAGAAUGAAUAUUAAUUCUUGCCCGAUGAUGAACGUUCCAGUUCAUUGUUGCUACAAUUUCCUUGUAGGAUUGUACAUCUGGAGUAGUUGUGACUCUCUAAUUACAUUUCAUCUUGAUUUGUUCCCAAAAUUAAAGGAGCUCCAGUUUAGAGACUGUAAUAAUCUUGAGAUGGUUUCACAAGAGAAAACUCACAAUCUCAAACUUUUUCAAAUAUCCAAUUGUCCUAAAUUCGUGUCAUUUCCAAAAGGAGGACUCAAUGCACCUGAGCUAGUAAUGUGUCAAUUUUAUAAAUCGGAGAACUUGAAAUCAUUGCCUGAAUGCAUGCACAUUCUCCUUCCAUCGAUGUAUCAUCUAAUAGUACAGGACUGUCUGCAACUAGAGUUGUUCUCUGAUGGAGGUUUGCCUUCAAACUUAAAACAGUUGCAUCUUCGCAAUUGUUCCAAACUUUUGGCAUCACUGAAAUGCGCUUUGGCAACAACAACUUCUCUACUUUCUUUGUAUAUCGGAGAAGCGGAUAUGGAGUCUUUUCCUGAUCAAGGGUUUUUUCCGCAUUCUCUUACUUCCCUAUCCAUCACUUGGUGUCCAAAUCUUAAGAGAUUGAAUUACUCGGGUCUCUCCCAUCUCUCCUCUCUUACAAGAUUGUAUCUUUCCAGCAGCCCGUUACUCGAAUGCUUACCAAAGGAGGGUCUGCCCAAAUCCAUUUCAACUCUACAAAUCUGGGGCAACUGUCCAUUGCUCAAACAUCGUUUUCAAAAACCGAAUGGAGAAGAUUGGGAGAAGAUUCGCCACAUUCAAUGCAUAAUAAUUGACAACGAGAUAAUAACAUGAACUGGAAAGCCAUUCACUAGUUCUUCUAUUCUCUACAAUAUGAUCAGCCAAACACCUGGAAAAUGGGAAGCACAAGUUCUAGUAUCGGUUCCAUCAAAACUAAAGUGCAAUAGCUCUUGCAUUUUGUUGGUUGGACGAAAAGCUUGCACCAACUAAAGUACGUCCUCGGAUUGGAAAUAUCAAGAUCGAAAGCUGGAUGUAAUGUAUCCCAAAGGAAAUAUCAAGUACGUCCUGUUAUCAGCAACUUGCAGAUCCUCUAACCAAACAUUUCGAUCAUGUUCCCUUAUCCUAGUUUGUUAGAGUAAAGUAGUAUAAAUACCUUUUUUCUCUGUAUUAUACAACAUGUAAAUGUAAUACAAUAUGAUUUUGCAUUAACAAGAUGAGUCUCUAUUCAUUCUAAAGCCAAAACUGUUGUUUCAACAGUUAAAGACUUUUGUUCUGCAUGUUAUCCAUCAUGGUAUUUAAUGACUG